CUGUUCCUCACCGCCUAUCGAUAAGGAAAGAAGCCGCGGCCCGCCGUCCACGUGCGGGCCUACCUUCACUCGUACACCUGCCUCGUAUUGGUUGAUGCUAGCAGCCUCGUUACGGUCUUCCUGACGGCAGAUACUCAACAACUGAGACAAAUCGCCCUGCUUGCAGCGACCCAACCAUAGCAACAUAAUGGCUUCCCCUCAAAAACAGCCAUCCACGCCCAACGAGGCAUUGUCACCAGGUUUCAACACCAGUACCGACAGCUCGGCUGAGCUCGCGGCUGUCGUCGACGAUUUGCUGAACCAGCUGAAUACGAAGUUCACUACCAUCAGCAGCGAUCUGCUGUCCAAGAUGGAUGACAUGUCCCGUCGACUGGAUAAUCUGGAGGCGCAGAUCCAGGCAGGAGAUGGCAAGGGGUCGGGCGCUAGCAAGUAGGCAUCGCUGGCGUACACGUCUCCUGUACCUGCAGUCCCGCAAAGGUCCACGGCGCGGCGAAGUCCUUCGUCUCUGAGCCGGAGGAUAUAGGUGGUGGUGUUGCGUCAGGAUGGUCAGUCUGGAGGAAUAUGACUGUCCAGUACUACGUCAGCUUCUGCCUGAGGUCGGGCGGCAAUGCUGGUGGAUCGUGAGACGCAUCUUCACAUUAUUUCACAGCAUGGACACACAGCAUGGACAGGCGUUUGGAGUUGUACAGAAU